GAUUGGUAGGACGCGACGAUGGGUGGGGCAAGCGCGCGGGGACUGGCGGGAAGUGGCGCGCGGCGAGAGUGAUCCUCUUUGGCCUGGUGCAGCCAUCUGGACCCAGCAAGCAGAGGGCGUGGCCAUGUUUUCUGACCAGGCGGCCCAGAAGGCCCACACUCUGCUGUCCCCACCGUCAGUCAACAAUGCCACCUUUGCCCGAGUGCCUGUGACCACUUAUACCAACUCUUCACAACCCUUCCGGCUGGGGGAGCGCAGCUUUAACAGGCAGUAUGCUCACAUUUAUGCCACUCGCCUCAUCCAGAUGAGACCCUUCCUGGUGCACCGGGCCCAGCAGCACUGGGGCAGUGCCAUUGGUGUGAAGAAGCUGUGUGAGCUGCAGCCUGGGGAGAGGUGCUGUGUGGUGGGGACUCUGUUCAAGGCCAUGCCGCUGCAGCCCUCCAUCCUGCGUGAGAUCAGCGAGGAGCACAGCCUGCUCCCUCAGCCUCCCCGGAGCAAGUACAUCCACCCAGAUGAUGAGCUAGUCUUGGAAGACGAGCUGCAGCGAAUCAAGCUGAAUGGCACCAUUAAUGUGUCCUUGCUGGUCACAGGGACAGUUCUGGCCGUGCUGGGCUCUGUGGGGGAUGACGGGAGAUUCCUAGUGGAGGACCACUGCCUUGCUGACCUUGCUCCACAGGAGCCUGUGCCCUCCCUUGACAUGGACAGGUUUGUGCUGCUGGUGUCUGGCCUGGGCCUGGGUGGAGGUGGAGGUGAGAGCCUGCUGAGCACACAGCUGCUGGUGGACGUGGUGACAGGGCAGCUCGGGGAUGAAGGAGAGCAGUGCAGUGCCGCGCAUGUGUCCCGGGUCAUCUUGGCCGGCAACCUCCUCAGCCCCAGCACCCAGAACAGAGACUCCAUCAACAAGGCCAAGUACCUCACCAAGAAGGCCCAGGCAGCCAGCGUGGAAGCUGUCAAGAUGCUGGAUGAGGUCCUCCUGCAGCUGAGUGCCUCGGUGCCCGUGGACGUGAUGCCAGGCGAAUUUGACCCAACCAACUACACACUUCCCCAGCAGCCCCUUCACCCCUGCAUGUUCCCGCUGGCUACUGCCUACUCCACUCUCCAACUUGUCACCAACCCGUACCAGGCCACCAUUGAUGGGGUCAGAUUCCUGGGAACAUCAGGACAGAAUGUGAGUGACAUUUUCCGGUAUAGCAGCAUGGAGGAUCACCUGGAGAUCCUGGAGUGGACUUUGCGUGUGCGUCACAUCAGCCCCACAGCUCCUGACACCCUAGGCUGCUACCCCUUCUACAAAACUGACCCCUUCAUCUUUGUGGAGUGCCCACAUGUCUACUUUUGUGGCAACACCCCCAGUUUUGGCUCUAAAACCAUCCAUGGCCCCGAGGACCAGACAGUGCUAUUGGUGGCUGUCCCUGACUUCAGUGCCACACAGACCGCCUGCCUUGUGAACCUGCGCAGCCUGGCCUGCCAGCCCAUCAGCUUCUCAGGCUUUGGGGCAGAGGAUGACGACCUGGGAGGCCUGGGGUUGGGCAACUGAGGUCUGUGGUGUCAGCUUUGUAAAUAAAGGUUGUGUGUUCACUGAUGGAA